AUGGCCCAUGAUAUCCGUUCUCAAGAAGAAGAGGAUGAAGACAAGAGAAUCCUCCGCGAUGCGAUGGCUUUCAGUCGUGAAAAAGUGGUAAUCCUAAAUGCUGAACCUUCCAGCAGAGCAUUUGUUUUAUGGUUUAUGAUAUCGAGCUACUUUCCAGUGAUUACAGCGUGUUUGGGGCCCAUAGCAAAUAUGAUUGCGGUGGCCGGAAUAGUCGACAAAUGGCGGAUGUACUCGGAUGGCACGAUGGUGGAAGAUGCCAAAGGUGUUUACGGUGUGAAUGUGACGUCUCUAGUGUUGGGAUGUAUUUCAAACUUUGUGCUGCUGCUACAUUUUGCCAAGAAGGUCAGUUAUAACACAGCCCAGGUGAUUAAUAUUGUCGGGUGGACUAUGGCCGGAUUUAUGUUGCUGGUUGACAUCGUAGUCUGUGCUAAAGUUGACUUUACUCAGGAGUUGCACAAAACAAUAGGGUUUUGGUAUGCUGUACUCUCGAUGAUCCUCUACAUUGGUUGCACAGUGCUGCUGCUGAUUCAUUUUGGUGGUUACAAGAUGGGGAAAUAUCCAGCCACGUUUAAUCUCACGGACAGUGAGCGGAACGUUAUGAUCUUCACGUUCAUUCUUUCCGUCUGGUUCAUUUGGGGCGCUGCUAUGUUCUCAAAUAUCAUCUCCUUGACAUACGGGGAGGCUCUUUACUACUGUGUGGUGGUCAUCUUGACCAUCGGUCUCGGUGACUUGCUUCCUUUGAGCGUUGGCGCUAAGAUAAUGACCCUGGUUUACGCCCUAUCCGGGCUCAUCAUUCUGGGUGUUAUUGUCACUUUAACAAGAUCCGUUAUCCAAAGCUCGUCGGGCCCCAUUUUUGUCUUUUACCGGAUCGAAAAUGCUCGUAGUAAAAUCUAUGAGGACCUCAUUGCUAACAGCGAUGAAAUGGAGUCUGAAGAGGCAUUUAGCCUUAUCAAACAUAUUCGAAAGACUUCGAGGCUAAGGCAGCAACAGUCGAGUACAAUUGCCACGGUUUUUGUUUUUGUUUUGUUUUGGCUUUUAGGAGCACUGGUGUUUCAUUUCGCCGAGAAUUGGUCGUAUUUCAACGCGCUGUAUUUUUGUUUCUUAUGUCUCAUUACAAUUGGUUUUGGGGAUUUUGCACCGGUAAGUGGAGCUGGGAGAGCCUUCUUCGUAGUUUGGGCCAUAUGUGCAGUUCCUCUAAUGACAGCGAUCAUAAGCACAUUGGGUGAAACGAUAUAUGCUAUGGCAGAGGAACUGGACAUCAGCAUUGUGAGGAUCUUCAAUCCUGUCGUCACUUGCCCUGGAGUUCUUUGGUCAGCGCUAAAGCGCUUGUGGUCCCCUAAUAGUAAAGAUAACCGACCGCCCUCAUCAGAGUCCAUUCCUAUCGGAGAGCUAGCUUCAAGUACCACAGGACCUGAAAUCUCCACCAAAGAUGAGAGCAACAGAAGAAACUCUAUUUCUUCAAAUCAAACCUCUGCAACAGAAGAUCACAUACUUGAGAAACUCAAAGAGUACUUGGAAGUCGUACAAUGGCUUCGAGAGCUUUCUCGCAGACAGCCAACUGAGAAAAUGACUUUUGAAGACUGGGUGCGGAUGUUUAGUUCAAUAAGUGACGAUACUGGAAAGUUUCUGGACGAUCCAAAAUUUUGGCUUUCUGCUGAAUCUCCGCUACGAUUUCCGGUUCAUGAACCACAAUUUAUCACGCAGACGUUGUUGAACAAGCUUGAGACUGACUUAGCUCAGUUGCUGGAGGAACAUUCCCAGCGAACAAGGACGAGAUCUUAA